CCUCAUGGAAGGUUUUGCUUGUAGAUCAGCUUUCAAAAUGUAGGAAGUCAGAAUGGGUGACAUCAUCAGAAAAAUAUGUGGAGCUGAUCUCAACAAGAAGUGAAGAACCCAGAGCAAGAAAGCGGUUAUAACUCCUGAGUCCAGGGAGCUGGCAACGUCUGGGUUUCGGAGGAGCCAGUGUCUCUGAGUUGUCUUGAAGUGAGACUCUGCUGAAUUUCUACUCUUCUGGCUUUAAGAUCUGAAUGCUGUGACCACUGAUUUGUUGAACCAAGACUCUGAGGCUGAUAUGCAAUGUCACUUACAACAUUAAUCAGAUACUGCAUUUAAGUGCUGGUAUCAGUGGUUUGAUUUUCAGCAAAUGUGACAGUGGCCUUUGCAGUGGUCAGCUCCGGGCUUUGAACUCUCAGAGGAGGAAGGGAAAAAAAUUCAGCACACCACCUUCUUGGUUGCAGCCUCAGAGAAACCUUGGAUGAGAAACUUCUUUUUUUCAAUCCUGUUUUCCUGUUGAUAAAUUCAGUUCUCGUGAUCACAGUUACAUUCAAGCUGUUCUGCGUAUGAUUUUUUUGUGUGUGUGUGACAAUUGCAUCUAAAACUUGUGAGCAAGAAGACGGAGAAAUCAGUUGGUCUCCAUCGCUUUACAUAAAAAUGGCUGAGUGUCUUGUCAUGCUAGCACUGCAUUAAGUGAUACAUACAGAUCUUGAUGUGGAGAAGAUGGAGGAGUCAGAACCAAGAAUUGCCAAGUGAUUUCUUCCGAAGCACAAGAAACUGUUAGUGCUGGUGUGGUCUAACUGAGAUGACAGUCAUGUCCCUUUCCAGGGACCUCAAGGACGACUUGCACAGUGACACAGUGCUCUCCAUCUUAAAUGAGCAGCGCAUUCGGGGCAUUUUAUGUGAUGUCACUAUUAUUGUGGAAGACACCAAAUUUAAAGCCCACAGCAAUGUCCUAGCUGCUUCAAGCCUAUACUUCAAAAAUAUCUUUUGGAGCCAUACGAUCUGUAUUUCCAGCCAUGUCCUGGAACUGGAUGAUCUCAAAGCUGAAGUGUUUACAGAAAUCCUUAAUUAUAUCUACAGCUCCACGGUUGUCGUCAAGAGACAGGAAACAGUCACCGAUCUUGCAGCUGCAGGAAAAAAGCUGGGAAUAUCCUUCCUGGAAGAUCUUACUGAUCGCAACUUCUCAAAUUCCCCUGGUCCCUAUGUAUUCUGCAUUACUGAAAAGGGAGUGGUUAAAGAAGAAAAAAAUGACAAGAGGCAUGAAGAGCCCGCCAUCACCAAUGGGCCAAGGAUCACCAAUGCAUUUUCCAUCAUCGAGACAGAAAAUAGUAAUAACAUGUUUUCUCCACUGGACUUGCGGGCAAGUUUCAAAAAGGUCUCUGACUCCAUGAGAACCACAAGCCUCUGCCUGGAGAGGACCGACGUGUGUCACGAGGCAGAGCCCGUCCGCACCCUCGCAGAGCACUCGUAUGCCGUUUCUUCCGUGGCCGAGGCCUACAGAAAUCAACCUGUCCGUGAACACGGCAGCAGUUCCCCUGGUAAGACAGGUAAAGAAAAUUGUGAAGCUCUUGCAGCAAAACCGAAAACGUGCCGAAAGCCAAAGACCAUCUCCGUACCCCAGGACUGUGACCCAGCUGCAGACAACACGCCACCCCCUCCGGUGACCAGCUUAGAGGUUCGUCAGGAGAGAAGUCCACAGCCAGCUGCCAUCCUGCCUUGUUCAAAAUCUCCCAGCAACGAAGGAGAUGCCCGUUUUUCCAAGGAAGAUGAAAAUAAAUCCUCGGAAGUUCCUGGGCCGCCUGCCGCUGAGGUUCCCCCUCUCGUGUACAACUGCAGCUGUUGUUCCAAAUCCUUUGACAGUAGCGCCCUGCUCGGUGCCCACAUGCAGCUUCACAAGCCCACCCAGGAGCCGCUGGUGUGCAAGGACUGCAACAAGCAGUUCAGCACUCUGAACAGGCUCGACCGGCACGAGCAGAUCUGUGUGCGCUCCAGCCACAUGCCGAUUCCUGGAGGAAACCAGCGUUUUCUGGAAAACUACCCCACCAUUGGACAGAAUGGAAGUUCAUUCACCGGGCCAGAGCCUCUGUUGUCUGAAAACAGGAUCAGCGAAUUUUCCAGUACCGGCGGCACCUUGCCAGAGACGGACCACAUGGUUAAAUUUGUGAAUGGGCAGAUGCUCUACAGCUGUGUUGUGUGCAAACGGAGUUAUGUGACGUUGUCCAGCCUCCGAAGGCACGCGAACGUUCACUCGUGGAGAAGAACCUAUCCCUGCCAUUACUGCAACAAAGUGUUUGCGUUGGCCGAGUACAGGACAAGACAUGAAAUUUGGCACACAGGAGAAAGGCGCUAUCAGUGCAUUUUCUGCCUCGAAACUUUCAUGACCUACUAUAUUCUCAAGAACCACCAGAAGUCUUUCCAUGCCAUAGAUCAUAGACUUUCCAUCAGUAAAAAAACAGCCAAUGGAGGCCUGAAGCCUAGUGUCUAUCCAUAUAAACUUUACAGGCUCCUGCCCAUGAAAUGCAAGAGGGCUCCUUACAAAAGCUACCGAAAUUCUUCCUAUGAAAGUGCCCGAGAAAACAGUCAGAUGAAUGAAUCUGCCUCUGGCCCCUAUGUUAUUCAGAAUCCACAUGGCUCUGAGUUACCGACGCUGAAUUUCCAGGACCGCGUCAACACCCUGACCAACAGUCCAGCCAUCCCCUUGGAAACGUCUGUACGUCAGGAGGUGCCCACCUCUGCCAAUGUACAGAACACAGAGGGGACCAAAUGGGGAGAGGAAUCGCUGAAAGUUGACCUCGAUAGUAACUUUUAUUCUGCCGAGGUGUCCGUCUCUUCUGCUGAGAACGCUGGCAGCUCUGAUGCCCCGGCCGGGGACGUACCUGUCCCAUCUUUGAGUAACAGCAGCGAGAACGCAGCCUCUGUGAUCAGCUACGGUGGCUCAGCACCCUCGGUCAUCGUGCACAGUAGCCAGUUCUCGUCGGUGAUAAUGCACAGCAACGCCGUGGCUGCCAUGCCCAGCAGCAACCCCCGCGUCCCCUCCGAGCCACCUGUCAGCCAGCCCCUGAAAGACGACGGCAAACCUGAGCCUGACAAAGUGAGCAGAACGGUCAGCCGACCCAAGAGCAUCAAGGAGAAAAAGAAAACCGUGCCCGGUAACAAGGCAGAAGUAGCAGAGGAGUCCAAGUACGGGACCGAUCCUGGAGGGUCGGUGAGCAAAACUGCAAAUACGAAGGAAACCAGUAAAAUUGAAACCUACAUUGCCAAGCCCGCUCUGCCCGGAACCUCCACAAACAGUAACGUCGCGCCCCUUUGCCAGAUCACAGUGAAGAUCGGAAACGAGGCCAUCGUGAAAAGGCACAUCCUCGGAUCCAAGCUCUUCUACAAAAGAGGAAGAAGACCCAAGUACCAGAUGGAGGAGGAGGCGUUGCCGCCAGAGAGUGACCCAGAAACCAACAGAGACAGCCCUCUCGGGCUCUGCCAGUCCGAGUGUAUGGAGAUGAACGAGAUGUUUGACGACGCCAGUGACCAGGAUUCCACUGACAAGCCCUGGCGUCCUUACUACAACUACAAACCCAAGAAGAAAUCCAGACAGCUGAGGAAGAUGAGGAAGGUUAACUGGAAGAAAGAACACGAAAACAGGAGCCCAAGCGCUAAGUGCAGAUACCCAGCAGAACUGGACUGUGCCGUGGGGAAGGCUCCUCAGGAGAAGGCCUUUGAGGAGGAAGAAACCAAGGAGAUGCCCAAGUUGCAGUGUGAGCUCUGUGAUGGGGACAAAGCCUCGGGGGCCGGGAACCAAGGGAGGCCCCACCGGCACCUCACUGCUCGGCCUUACGCCUGCGAGUUCUGCGCCAAGCAGUUCCAGAGCCCGUCCACCCUCAAGAUGCACAUGAGGUGUCACACUGGAGAGAAGCCGUACCAGUGCAAGACGUGCGGGCGGUGCUUCUCGGUGCAGGGCAACUUGCAGAAACAUGAACGCAUCCACCUGGGUGUGAAGGAGUUCAUCUGUCAGUACUGCAACAAGGCAUUCACGCUCAACGAGACCCUCAAGAUCCACGAAAGGAUCCACACAGGUGAGAAGCGCUACCACUGUCAGUUCUGCUUCCAGAGCUUUUUGUACCUUUCCACAAAAAGGAAUCACGAGCAGAGGCACAUUUGGGAGCAUGAUGGGAAGGGCUAUGCCUGCUUCCAGUGCCCCAAAAUUUGCAAAACAGCUGCUGCCCUUGGAAUGCACCAGAAGAAACACUUGUUCAAAAGUCCAAGUCAGCGGGAGAAAGUAGAAGGUGACAUGUGUCAGGAGAACUCAGACCCCCUGGAGAACCCACAUGUCCAUGACUCAGAAGACAGUGACCAAAAGGAUAACGUACAAACCAUUGUUGAAAAUGUCCUUUGAGUGGCAAUACUUAGAAAAGUCUUCAAAGAUAUAAGUUGGUGGCUUUGUUGUUUUGGGGUUUUGUUUUUGUUUUGUUUUUAGUUAGCUGUUUUCUUCUGUUGUUGGUGGGUUUUUUUUGUUGAGUUUUGUUCACACAACAGUCAUAAGGAGUGAAACAUAAAAAAGAAAAUCUCAUUUGUGAAAAUUCCAGAAAAAGGAUCCUAAUAUCUACUUUGGGUUUUAGCAUUAACUUCAUGCAAAGUGCACAAAAA